AUGCCUCGUCGUGUCAGUAAUGCACCAUGUAUCCCUGUUGUAGCUACAAUUGAUAUUGGUACUACCUCAGCAAGAGCUAUUAUAUUCUCCGCAGAAGGGGAAGAAAUUGCCAAGCAUCAAAUCGAAUAUUCUACCACUGCUUCAGAGGCACCAGAAAAUUCCUCAAACACAGACCAAUUCAGAAGAAGAUCUUCAUUAUUAAGACACGAUGAACCCAUUUUCUCGGCUGAAGGUAUUGCCAUUACCCUCAAUGACAAUAUUAUGAUUGAAAAUAAUAAAUCAUCUGUUGGUCCAACCAUAAGAUUUCCACAACCAGGUUGGGUUGAAUGUAUGCCAGUCCAUAUUUUGGCUAAUGCAGUUCAAUGUUUGGUGGCUUGUUUGAUAUCAUUGAGAAAAGUCAACCAAGAUCCAAAUUUAAAACUCAAAUACAAAGUCAAAGCCAUUGGUAUUGCCAAUAUGAGAGAAACCACCAUUGUUUGGUCGAGAAAAACCGGGAAACCUUUGAGUGGUGGUAUCACUUGGACUGAUACUAGAACUUCAGAAAUUAUUCAACAUUUGGAAAAAAUGAUUGAUGAAGAUAGAAAAGCCGAACUCAAAGAGAAAACUGGGUUGCCCUUAUCGACUUAUUUUUCUGCUGCCAAAUUGAGAUGGUUAUUGGAUAAUGAUGAUGUCAUUAGAGAAGAAUAUGAAAAAGGUGAUGGUAAUUUAAUGUUUGGUACUGUUGAUACUUGGUUGAUUUAUCAUUUAACCAAAGAAAAGGCAUUUGUUUCGGAUAUCACUAAUGCCUCUCGUACUUAUUUUAUGGAUUUAGAAACUUUGGAUUAUGAUGAUGACUUGUUAGACUUUUGGGGCAUUGAUCCUACAAAAAUCAGAUUACCCAAAAUUGUAUCUUCUUCAGAAUUCUAUGGGGAAUUUGCUGCACCAAAAUUAUCCAAUUUGGGUUUCCAUAAUAAAAUCACUCAAGAAGCUUAUGAUAUUUUGAAAACCAUUACUGGGGUUCCAAUUUGUGGAUGUCUCGGUGAUCAAUCUGCUUCGCUUGUUGGUCAAUUGGCAUUCAGUUCUGGUUCUGCCAAAUGUACUUAUGGUACUGGUGCUUUCCUUUUAUAUAACACUGGACCUCAUAAAUUGAUUAGUAAACGUGGUGCCUUGACUACUUUUGGGUUUUGGUUUCCAACAUUAAAGGGAAAUGAUGGGAAACCUCAUUAUGCCAUGGAAGGGUCCAUUGCUGUUGCUGGGUCGAUUAUUCAAUGGUUGAGAGAUAACUUGAAAAUGAUUGACAAUGCCAAAGAUAUAGGUCCAUUGGCUUCCCAAGUGGAAAAUUCCGGUGGGGUGGUAUUUAUCCCAGCAUUUUCUGGUCUCUAUGCGCCAUAUUGGGAUGGUGGUUCUAGGGGUACUAUAUUUGGUAUGACACAGUACACAUCGGCUGCACACAUUGCCCAUGCUGCAUUGGAAGGGGUUUGUUAUCAAGUAAGAGCUAUUUUGAAAGCAAUGGCCAGUGAUGCUGGUGCUGUGGAUGACUUUUUGGAAGAUGCGUUAUCUUGUCAAAACACCGACAAGUUAUUAUCGACAUUAGCUACAGAUGGUGGUAUGUCUAAAGCCGACGAAGUUUUACAAAUUCAAGCUGAUAUUUUGGGUCCUUGUGUUACUGUGAAACGUGCACAAACUGCAGAAUGUACUGCAUUAGGUGCUGCUAUUGCUGCUGGAUUAUCAUUUAAGAAUGAGGAAGAUCGUAUUUGGAAAGAUUUGGAUGAUGUAGUGGCCAAAAUCAGUGGAUCAAGUGAAGAGAUGGCCGCUAACUCAUUUACUGCCAAAUUAUCUGAUGAAAAUAGAAGAAAAGAUUGGAAACGUUGGGAAAAGGCUGUGGAAAGAGCCAAGGGAUGGUUAGAAGACGAAUAG